AUGCCACUAUCCAUCUACAACAAGUUGGGUUUAGGGGAGAUCAAGUCCAUCACUAUAACGGUUCAAUUGGUAGAUAGAACUCUCACAUCUCCUAGAGGCAUAUCGGACGAUGUGCUUGUGAAAGUGGAUAAAUUCAUAUUUCCAGUUGACUUUAUAAUUCUUGGUAUGGAGGAAGAUAAAGAAGUUCCUAUUAUCCUUGGGAGACCUUUAUUAUGCACAGUUAGAGCACUCAUUGAUGUUGAAAAGGGAGAACUUACCUUACGAGUACAAGAUCAAGAUUUAACAUUUAAUAUCUUUCAUGCUUUAAAAUUUACUAAUGAUCAUGAUGAGUGUUUUGCAGUUAGUGUGGUAGAUAGGGCCACUAGAGAAGUUUUCAUAGAAAAUCAUCCUAAUGAUCCACUUGAAGUAUCACUGAUUUCUGAAGCUGAGCCCAUUAAUAAAGAAGUUGUAGAAUGUGUCAAUGCAUUGAAUGCCCCUUCUCGGGUAUUGGGAGCUAGGUUUGAAUUGUUAGAUUUGACUUCCCCUUCAUCCUCACCAAUGAAACCUUCAAUUGAAGUUCCUCCUAAGUUAGAACUCAAACCACUGCUAAAGCACUUGAGGUAUGCAUAUCUUGGAAACUCAUCUAUUCUUCAAGUUAUUGUUGCAUCUAAUCUUAACAACCAACAGAAAGAAAAGUUGUUUAAAGUUUUGAGAGAGCAUUAA